AUGUCCCGACAAACAGCGGCCGUCCUGUGGCGGACGCUGGUGGUACAGUGCAUCAAGCGGCAGUACGUGGUGUCCUUCAUCGAGUUGCUUGCCGUCCUUCUUCUGGUCACCCUCUCCCUGUCGCUCAAUAACGCCGGCAACAGGCCGCAACAUCUACGGCUUGGCACGGGCCCCGACGGCAGCAGGCAGCGGCGCAGCGGCGAUUCUGGCGACGACUACGAGUACAACUCGGUGUUCUACAGCCCGGACAACGAUUACAAUGGGCUACUCAUGGCCACGGCGUACCCAAAAAAUGAUCGGAAGGCGUUCACAGACGAGUCCAGCCUGGUGAGCGCCUGCUCUGCCGUGUACUUCGCCGCGUGCGUGCACUUUGGCUACCACGUUGACGCGGGACUGACGUACACGCUGCACUACUUCGAGAGCGACAACCCAGGAAAAAAUGGCACGGACAUCGGGUUCCGCUACCCCACGCAGUUUUACGACGGGCACGAGGCUGACAGCGAAAUGUGGGGCAGAGCAUACUUGGCUCAAGCUGCCAUUAACACGGCUCACAUCAAGCUCCACAAUGCAACGGGCGCUGAUGAAAUCAAGAUCUCGGCCAAACCUAUUCCACUUCCUGACUUCCCGGAGAACACCGGGCCUUACCGGAUCGGAUCCUUCUUUCUACUGGGAGUGGGCCUCCUUUUUCCCGCACUGAGGCUCUUCUGGCGACUGUGCGACGAGAACACCGGUGGACUGAGGGAAUUCCAGCGGCUGAUGGGCUUGUCGGACUGCUUCUACUGGACAGGUCACUUCGCCUGCAGCUUCUUGACGUGCCUGGUGCACAGUGGUCUCUGUGUCUACUGCACCGCUGUACAGGCGCGGAGCAACAAGGGCAACGCGUUCCUGGAGAAUACUGACCCUUCGCUGCUCUUCUUUGUGUUCGCCGUGCACAACGCGCUGCAGGUGCUCCUAGUCAUGCUGGUCGCCUGUCUGUUCACCUCGAUUCUGCCUGGGUUCAUCUGCGUCGCAGUGCUGUGCUUCGUGUUGCCUGCAUGGGUUUUGUCCACCACCGGUAGCCUCGGCUCGCUGGCACAGUUCCUGUUCCGGGACCGCCACUUGACGCUGCUGACCUCGGUGCUGCCAACCGUGGCUACCUACAACCUGCUGACUGUACUGGGCAUCCAGAACGACUUUGAAGGCGGCGCCUCGUGGGGGAAGACGUUCCGUUACGUCUUCGGUGUGUGCCCCGUCAACGUACUAGACAUCUGGUUCGUGAACAUUGUUGUGGCGGUCAUUCUGAUCUUGCUCGUGGCCUUCGCCUCCAACGUGUUUCCUUGGAACACGGCCAUUCCGCAGCACCCGCUAUUUCUCUUCAAGUCGAGCUUCUGGCGACCGUCACCGACGCCACGCCAGCUGCCGACCGGACCGCUGCAUUUCAGGGACGAGCGCUUCGAGAGUGCGCCGCCGGACGCCAAGCCCGCAGUGCAUAUCGAGGACCUGACAGUGUCCCACGGUGCCAAGCAAGCUCUGAAGAGCGUAAGCUUCCAGGCCUUCGAGAAGCAAGCCACUGCAUUGGUGGGCCGCAACGGCGCUGGAAAGACAACUCUCAUGAACGUCGUCGCAGGGCUACAGAAGCCGACUUCGGGUCGCGUUUUCGUCUGCGGCUACGAUGUGGUGAAGCACACGAACGUGGCGCGCGCGACCAUCGGCUUCUGCCCACAACGAGACCUACUCUUCAGCGACCUCACAGUCUGGGAACAUCUAAUGUACUUCGGCACCCUGAAGCAUAUGCAGCCCGGAUCACUGAUGAGUGCCGCACAAGACAUGGUGGUCGCGGCGAGCCUGGAAAACGACGUGCGCACAUUGGUGCAAGAUCUCAAGAGGGGCCCAACGAAGCGACUCAGUAUAGCCAUCGCCACUCUUGGCAAGCCAAAGGUGGUCCUCGUCGACGAGCCCACCUCGGGCCUGGACCGGCGCAACACGCACCUCGUGUGGCACAUGCUGCUGCAAGCGCGCCGUUCGAGCGCGCUGCUCAUCUCGACGCACGACAUGACCGAGGCGGACGUGCUGGCCGACCGCGUCGUCAGCCUCAGCCAGGGCAUCGUAGUCUGCAACGCCUCGCCGACACAUCUGAAGAGCAUCUACGGUAAGAGCGAGGAAGCUGUCGUUUUCUUUCUUUUCUUUUUUUUUUAGUGCUACGGAAGAGUUCUAUUCGUUCGGAGGUCCGGUUCUCUGUUCUGCUCUUUUGCUGCACUAUAGUGACAAAACCGUCGGCGCCACCCACGAAGCGACAAUCGGAAUCAUGAAAAGUGCUUCAGCAUAAUUUCUACUGUCAUGACUAGAGAGCGGAACUUUGCGUAAAAUGCAUAUUUUCCCUUUGUAUUCGCCGUGCCUAUGUCUUACGUAAGCACGAAGUGUGGGUCUAGAAACAUUUUAAUGGCACCUCUAUCGGCACCUUUAAACGACUAUUUUGAUCUUGGUGCCUAUAUUGAAUUUUCAGAGCCUGAAGAUGUCUGUUCCAUGUAAUGUCGAAGAUUCAUCACCCGCGGGAACAUGACUGAAAGCAAACACUCUGCUGCUGUAAAGUUGUCAUUAACUGUUUUUCAGCAGACGAGAGUGUCGCUGAGAGAAGGGCUCAAACUGCUUUUCUUGACAACGCAGAUUAUUUAGUGUACUUAUACGCUCACUUCCUAUUUUUAGCCGACAUGAUCGAGAAACUUGAAUGUUUGGGCGCACUUAACGAUGGCCAGGAAUGUUGCACUGAUUUUGGAUGUUCAGGAAAGGUUAACCACCGUGAUGAAUGGAACUGUUGCUAACAGAGUUAGUUCAAAACUUAAAUCCUUCUGCAACAUAAAUCGCGGCUUCUCUGUGCUCAAAUAAGUGUCAAAAGUUGUGACUGGCGAACAUUCUGCCGAUUCCAGAGGACAUUGAACUAUCGAACGUUCUGAAGUGCAAACACUUGCCGUUAA